GUCUGCACUACCUUCGGACCCAUCUUUGCUUCAUCCACAUCCCUUCAUAUCUUCCUUUCUUUACUAGAACUCUUGUGCCUUUGGCUUCUGCAAUGGCUACUCUUGCUGAUAUUGGCGUCUCUGCAUUCAUCAACAUCCUCAGUGCAUUUGCGUUUUUGCUGGCCUUUGCUCUGCUCAGGAUACAGCCCAUAAACGACAGGGUUUACUUUCCCAAAUGGUAUAUUGAUGGAGGAAGGAACAGCCCCAGGAGGUCCGGUAAUUUUGUGACCAAAUUUGUGAACCUCAAUGUCAAGACUUACCUCACCUUCUUGAAUUGGAUGCCUCAAGCUAUGAGGAUGAGUGAGUCCGAGAUUAUCAACCAUGCUGGUCUUGACUCCGCCGUUUUCCUCAGAAUUUACACUCUCGGCUUAAAGAUUUUUGUUCCCAUGACAAUCGUGGCACUCCUUAUCCUUAUUCCCGUUAAUGUUUCGAGUGGAACAUUGUUUUUUCUGAGGAAAGAAUUGGUUGUGAGUGACAUUGAUAAGCUGUCAAUAUCCAAUGUUCAACCUAAAUCUAUAAGGUUUUUUGUUCACAUAGCACUGGAAUACCUGUUCACCUUUUGGACUUGUUACUUGCUUUUCAAGGAAUAUAAUGAUGUAGCAUCCAUGAGGUUGAAUUUCUUGGCUUCCCAGCGUAGGCGAGCUGAGCAGUUCACCGUGGUUGUCAGAAAUGUGCCUCAUGUUACUGGUCGCUCAAUAUCCGAUACUGUGGACCAAUUCUUCAAGACAAAUCAUCCUGAUCAUUAUCUUUUUCACCAGGGAGUCUACAAUGCAAACAAAUAUGCUAAAUUGGUGACGAGAAGGGAUAGACUACAAAAUUGGCUAGACUAUAACCAACUGAAGUUUGAAAGACAACCUGAUAAGAGACCGACCACAAAGACUGGAUUUCUUGGGCUUUGGGGUUCCAAGGUUGAUGCCAUUGACUACUACAAACAACAGAUAGAAGAUUUAAAUAAAAGAUUGGCUCUGGAACAGCAGAAGAUAAUCAAAGAGCCAAAAUCUAUUUUGCCAGUUGCUUUUGUCUCGUUUAAAUCACGCUGGGGAGCUGCUGUUUGUGCACAGACACAACAAAGCAAGAACCCAACUCUGUGGUUGACAAAUUGGGCUCAAGAACCUCGUGAUGUAUACUGGCGGAAUUUGGCUAUACCAUUUGUUUCGUUGACCGUAAGGAAACUUAUAAUAUCAUUAUCAGUAUUUGCCUUGAUAUUCUUCUAUAUGAUACCUAUUGCUUUUGUGCAAUCCCUUGCAAAUUUAGAGGGUCUUGAAAAAGUUGCUCCAUUCCUUAGGCCCGUGAUAGAACUGAAAUUUAUUAAAUCAUUCUUACAAGGUUUCCUGCCAGGCCUUGCUCUUAAAAUCUUUUUGUAUAUACUUCCAACAAUUUUGAUGAUCAUGUCAAAGAUUGAGGGACACAUUGCAUUGUCAAUUCUAGAACGGCGAGCAGCUGCUAAGUACUAUUAUUUUAUGUUGGUGAAUGUGUUCUUGGGAAGCAUAGUGACUGGGACAGCUUUUGAGCAGUUGUAUUCUUUCCUUCAUCAAUCACCCACACAGUUUCCUAGAACAAUAGGGGUGUCUAUUCCAAUGAAAGCCACCUUUUUUAUUACAUAUAUAAUGGUUGACGGGUGGGCUGGCAUUGCUGGUGAAAUUCUCCGAUUGAAGCCAUUGGUUAUCUAUCAUCUCAAGAAUAUGUUUUUGGUCAAGACAGAGAGAGACAGAGAAAAGGCAAUGGAUCCUGGCAGUGUGGAUUUCCCAGAAACUAUCCCAAGUCUUCAACUUUACUUCCUUCUGGGGAUUGUCUACGCUGUGGUUACUCCAAUUCUUCUUCCUUUUAUAUUAGUCUUCUUUGCCUUGGCAUACUUGGUUUACCGCCACCAGAUAAUUAAUGUCUACAAUCAACAAUAUGAGAGUGCUGCUGCAUUUUGGCCACAUGUUCAUAGCCGCAUAAUUGCAAGCUUAGUAAUAUCUCAGCUUCUGCUUAUGGGACUGCUUAGUACAAAAGAGGCUGCUAAUUCCACUCCUCUGCUUGUUGUCUUGCCUGUAUUGACAUUAUCCUUCCAUAAGUACUGCAAACAUCGUUUUGAGCCUGCAUUCAGAAAGUACCCACUUGAGGAAGCAAUGGUGAAAGAUAUAAUGGACCGCACCACAGAACCUGAACAAGACUUAAAAGCUUACCUUGCUGAUGCUUACUUGCACCCUAUUUUCCAAACAUUUGAAGUGGAGGAAGAGGAGAUGGCACAGGUUAGAGCCGUCAGAGUUGAUAAAAACCAAUCCCAGGCCAAUGCCCCAACUAGUGAUACCAGUUCCUCAUCCCCACCACAUCAAGUUGAUCAUCCUACCUCCCCACCUGAUCACCAUACAUCUCACCCAACUUCCCCACCACAAUAUCAAUACCCCUCCGGUUCCCCACCGCAGUACACCUCUGGUUCCACCUUCCCGAACUACUAAUCCUACCAUUAUGAAGCAUAGCCUUGAACAUAAAUAGAGCUAAUAUCCGUAGGUGAAGUCCUAACCCAUUUGUUUAGUUUUUAUUUUCUUAGAAACUUAAUGUAAUUAUUCUCUUGUUAAGAUGACAGUGUUUGUGACUUGGGCUUCUUUUAAAAACUAUGGUUGAAGUUUUUAGUCUGAAUUAUGAGCGCUACUCCAGUCUCGACCAA